AUGUCGUCGCCGAUGAAGCCUGGAGUCGUCGGUAGCAUCGCCAGCCGGUGGCGCGAGCUCCAUGGCGCUCGGUCGUGGGCCGGGCUCCUAGAUCCGCUGGAUGCCGACCUCCGGGAAUUCCUCAUCUCCUACGGCGAGCUUGCAUCGGCCAGCUACGACGGGUUCAACAACGAGGAGCGCUCGCCGCACCGCGGGGCCUGCGUGUACAGCCGCGCCGACGUUCUGGCCGCCUCCACCGUGUCCCACCCUGAGUACUACAGCGUCACAAAGUUCCUCUAUGCGGCCUCUGGGCGUCCGGACGCCACCGGGCCGCUCGAGUCCAACUGGAUGGGUUUCGUAGCCGUGGCGACGGACGAGGGAGUGGCGGCCAUGGGGAGACGCGACAUCGCCGUGGCAUGGCGCGGCUCCGUGCUGCAGUCAGAGACGGCGAACGAUGGAGACAUCUUGCAGGUGUCCGCGGCGCCGGUGCUGGGUUCCUACGCAGCCACCAACGCGGGCGCAAUGGUGCACCGUGGAUUUCUGUCCGUGUACACGUCCAGUGACAGAGACUCCAUGUACAACAAGGCCAGCGCUAGAGAUCAGGUCCUCGAGGAGGUGCGGAGGCUAAUGGAGUUGCACAAGGACGAGGUCACUAGCAUAACAGUCACCGGCCAUAGCCUCGGUGCUUCGCUCGCCAUCCUCAACACCGUCGACAUGGUCGCCAACAGCAUCAAUGUCCCCCUAGACUCCUCCAAACAGCUGCCACGUCCUGUGACCGCGAUCAUGUUCGCGAGCCCACAGGUGGGGAACAACAAAUUCAAGUCCGCAUUUGCCUCGUUCCGCGACCUACACGCAAUCCAUGUGAAGAACGCCCCGGACAUCAUCCCAACACUCCCAGGGCCGCUAUUAGGGUAUGUGGAUGUUGCGACGGCGACCGUGCCUAUCAACACUAACCGAUCCCCCUACCUGUACCCAAAUAACAGGGAUACCUAUCACAACCUUGAGUGCUACCUGCACGGCGUCGCCGGGGAUAAGGGCGAUGGCAUGGACUUCAAGCUGGUGGUGGACCGUGAUGUGGCGCUGGUCAACAAGAAAGUCAAUGUUCUAAAAGACCAAUACCCGGUGCCGGCAAACUGGUAUGUGGCAAAGAACAAGUGGAUGGUCAAGGGCACUGAUGGCCACUGGAAGCUUGAUGACUUCAAGGAAGUCUAAUUAAGUGGCAAAAUGAAUGCACCGUCGGCCAUGGAUAAGGCCUAUAAUAUCUACAAUAAAUGUCGGUGCUUAAUUAGUUGUGUGCUUGCAUUUCAAACAUUGUGGCUUGCAAUACUGUUGA